UUAUCGCCCAUUCUCAGUCAUGCUCGUGUUUCAUUCAGACACAUUUGAACAUAGCAAUGUUAAAACAUUUAAAUGACACCGAUUAGGAAAAUUGAGAGGGGGACCUGCAGUAAGAGAAUUACCUGUAGCGUAAUUGAGGGUACAGAAAGACUGAACAAGUUGAGAAUUGAACAGGAUUUCCAAAGAAGAUGAGUGCUGGAGGUGGAUCAAAAAAUGUUCCGGGUGUAUCCGUGAUGUCAUUCGUCUCUCAAGAGGAAGUUGACAGUGCCAGGAAAAAGCGACAAGAGGAAUGGGAUAAGACCAGAACAGAAGACCAACCAUUAGAAUGUCCAGAGGAAGUGGUGGACAACAGAUCUCUGUAUGAGAAACUACAGGAACAGAAGAUGAGGCAGCAGGAGGAAUAUGAGGAAACACACAAACUGAAGAACAGUGUCAAGGGUUUAGAUGAAGAUGAGGCUGGAUUUCUGGAGUAUGUGUCAAAGAAUCAAAUAGACAUCAUAAAGGCCAGAUACAAAGAAGAAAAGGACAUCAUGAAAGAGAUGGAAGAAGCAUCCGUUACCAAGGUAACAGAUCCAAAAAUGUCUGACGACAGAAAAGUUCCAUCCAAACCUCCAAUUGGUGCAGCACAAAACAAGAAAUCUCAGAUGACACUUUUAGCCGGCGCUGUCAAACGGAAAGGGUCAGAUGCUGUUGAAGAUGGGAAGAAGAGGAAGCUGUCGCCUGAUGAUGAUGCAGUUGUGGCAGACUCCCGAGUACCCACGUUAAAUAGAGCGUGUGACAGAGCAAGGAUUAUUGGUAUUCUACCAGGUGUUGGCGCCUAUAAUAAUGACUCAAGUGACUCAUGUUCAUCUAGUGAUGACUCGGACAUCGACCUCAGACUUACAACACAGAAAAAAUUUGUGGUGAUAGAAAAUGAAUGAUAACAUGGUUUAUUCAACAAUGUAUCAACAGACAAAUAUAAAACUCAUACAACAUGGAAAGAAUCUACUGUGACGCAACAGGAAUGGUUUUACUAUGUUUUAUUAUGAUAAUAAACACAUUUAUAACUCAGAUAUUUUUAUCUUCACAAUUGUAUUGAAAACAAGAUUUACAUUGAAUUUUUUUUUUUUUAUAUGAAUAUUAUGAUCAACAGAAAGUGACAUUGUGAAAUCACCAGGAGAUAUAUUGUUGACCUCGUUAACUGUCUGUAUUAAACUUAUAGAUAUUGUCUGGCCUGGAUAUCUUAACAUUUCUUAACACUAGGAAUGCUCUUAAGCUAGAAAACAAAACUUUGUCCUGGUCAAGAAGGUGUAGUAAAAAAGUGUUGGAAACUGUUUUUAUAAGGCAUAAAUAUGUUUGAUAAAUCAUUCCUGAAAAGCAAAUCAUUCCUCCUUCCUUGCUGGACUCUUAUGAGAAGUAAAAGAUGAAAUAAACAAAAUGUAGUCAACAACAGUGUUCCGAGACAAAACAUCUCUUGGACCGAGAUUCGAACCCUAGACCUGGGAUCAUUAUACUAUCGUUUGACUUGUAACCUGGCCUACAGUGUUCUGGCCCUACAGAAGUUAAGGGGAGGUCACUGGUCACUAAAACCACAGUGAGACGGGGAUCAUUAAAGGAAACGCAUAAUAAGGGCAAGAAAUCCACAUAAUCUUACGUCUAACGUAUCCCUGCUUUGGCCAUCAACAGCAACAUUCUGAGAAACAGUGCUAAAUGUUAAACCUCCUUGGGCUGAUAGUGUUGUUAGACUAUAUAAACUAGAAUCCACACAGCAUGUAAUGCUUGGAAUUCCGUCUUUGCGUAUUGCAGAGUUAUCUUCUCUUGUGAGCAGGGAUUGAUUGUUACGUCGUUGGUUUGUGA